AUGGAUUUGUGGACCAACUUUGCACAAAAGGGCGAUCCGACGCCGGGGAUUCUCGGCUACGGCGGCGUGAAGUGGCCCAAGUACGCGGAGACACUGCUGACCUCGACCAGCCGCGCUUACCUGCGCCUCGACGAGCUGUCGACGACGGCGCAGCACUUUGCGGCGCGCUCCUCCGAGUACUGGCACAGCUACCUCUACAAGCUGCAGAACAUCACCGAGAGCCUGCCCGACGGGCCAGCGACGGCCACGACGCAAGCGCCCUCUACGGAGACGACCGCGGAGACGACAAUCUAUGUUACUAUCGGCCCGGUAGAGCCAAGCGAAGAUAGUUUGUGGCCGCUCAUUUGGACUCUCGUGGGGGUCGGCGGCGCUUUCCUGAUACUGGCCAUACUUGAGGGUGUGGCUCUAAUUCUGAUGAAGGCUAAGUCUAAGUCUAAUUCUAAGUCUGUGAAGACAGGAUCCAUUGAUGCGAGCGUCUACAAAAAUGAAGUUUAUCACAAUGAGAUAUAUGACAUGUAGGCAGGCAGCGAGUUGAAUCCUAAUUGGCGUUAGGCUUCUGAGCUGUAUAUGCAACUAGGAUGAAAUAUUGAGUUUUGCAAUAUUCAGCAAGAUUGAAUAUACAGAAUAAGCCAAAUUUGUCAAAAAUUAUUAAAUAAAAUAAUUAAGUAGGCAGUUAAAAAUUGUUAAUAAGAGCUCUCUAUGGUUUUAUGUGAUAUUGUGCUUGUGUUCAAUUUUAUGUGGAUGGUUAAGAACACAAAAUCAUAUAACCGUACCUAAAGCUGUAUCGCAGUUAUAUAAGUGCUUUAAGUGUGUUUUGUUGACUAUAAUGCGUGUGUUCACAAUUUUGAAUAAUACAAGCAUCUCAAAACUGAAA